CAAUGGCAGUAGCAGAGCGGAUCCUGUAACUGGCAGCUGCUGUUUCAUCAGACAACUGUUGAGCACAUCUCUGGUAGAAACAAACCUCCCCAGUAGUUGUCUGCCCAGUAGAAUUUCUGCUGCAGCUUACACACGAUAUAAAUGCGAAGUGUAGUAUUUAACCAUGAAUAAGGACACAGAGAUCGACAUGAAGGAAGUGGAGCUCAAUGAACUGGAUCCUGAGAAGCAGCCCAUGACGGGCGAUGGCCAGGCAGCAGGAGGGGAGAAAAAUGGCAGCGUCAAGCUGAAGGUCCCCGAGGAUGAGGUUACAUUCACCGGCCUGUCCAAAGAGGAGCUGAUGAAGGUUGCUGGUACUCCAGGAUGGGUGCGAACCCGGUGGGUGCUUCUCGUCCUGUUUUGGCUGGGCUGGGUAGGCAUGCUGGCCGGAGCCAUUGUAAUCAUAGUCCAGGCUCCUCGCUGCAAACCCAUCCCUGAGAUGAACUGGUGGAACGAAGGACCUCUGUACCAGAUUUCUGACCUCAAAGCUUUCUCUGACGGACUGGCAGGUGUUGAGGCAAAGUUGGAAGAAGUGAACCAGUUGAAGGUGAAAGGCUUGGUUCUUGGCCCUCUUCACACCGUCCAGGCAGACCAGAUACACACCCUGGAACUUCAGGCAAUAGACCCAGACCAGGGAAAAGAGGAAGCCCUGGUCGCCUUGUUGGAAAAGGCCCACAAGAAGGGCAUUUCUGUGGUGCUUGACCUGACUCCGAACUACAUGGGAACUGCUGCGUGGUUUAGCAGUGGUGAUAUCGGUGAUGUGAUGGAGAAAGUUAAGGCUGCAGCAGAGCACUGGCUGAAUUUGGGUGUUGAUGGCAUCAAAAUAUCUGACGUCACUGUUGCUGCCAACUCCACUGAAUGGUCCAAACUGCAGGCUGUUGUGCACAGUGAGGACACCAAGAAGAGGGUCUUGAUGGGUGUAGUUGAAAAUCUUCCGGCUGCAUCCGUGUCUCAGAUUGCCAAUACCACCGGUGUAGAUCUCGUUCUGUCUGACUUGCUCCACAGGAAAAAUGGAGGUGUGGAGCGCAUCGAGGCCAUGGACACCCUUCACUCUCAGCAGAGAAAUCUGGGCUGGGGUCUAGGUGCCACCCAAAAAGACCAGCUGGCUAAACUAGCAAAAACUCCAUCCCUAAUCCGUCUCUACCAGCUCUUGUUGUUCACCAUGCCCGGAACCCCCGUGUUUACCUAUGGAGAUGAAAUUGGCCUUCAGGCAGGACAGGGUGAAAAAUAUCCUAAGAUGGUUUGGGAUGUAGAAAAGGAACCAGUUGAAGGAGAAGCUGUUGAUCAGGCUGCUGAAGCUGAGCGUAAGGAACGCGUUGCUAUAAGGAAGUGGUUCAAAUCCCUCAGCGACCUGCGUGGCAAAGAGCGCUCUCUCCUUCACGGCGACUACUACCCUCUUUACUCCUCCCCCUCUUCCCUCUCUUUUCUCCGUGUGUGGGACCAGAGCGAAAGAUAUAUAACAGCUGUUAAUUGGGGAAAUGCAACUGAAACAUUAAAACUCUCACUGGCACCUACAGAGGGAGUAGAGUUGCCGACGACAGCUAAGGUCAAGCUGUCAGCUGGCACGAACUCCACAGCAGAUGAGACCGUCAACCUGGAAGAUAUCACCCUAGGUCCUGGACAAGCCAUCCUGCUGCAGUUCCCCUUUACAGGCUAAAGAUGGCACCAAACGAUAGGAAAGCUAGGUAAAAAUUAGCCUGGUUAUAAGAAAGUUAAGACAGUCCUAAUCCCUAGAAAAUAAAAUGGCAUGUUAAAAAAAACAGGACAUUUCUCUUCACCAUAAUAAAUGAGAGUUUCUAUCAGUUUAUUUAGUCAGAAUAUAAAUUGGAUCAAAAGAAAUCUGCCAUACAAUUGCAGAAUAUUGGCCAGUAUAAACUCUUGGAUUAUUUUGGGUUUUUAUAAAGUUUCUGGGUUUUUUUUUGUUUGUUUUAUUUUUUUUUUAAUUUUGACCUUUUUAGUGCUAGAAAAGCCACCUCAGACAUGCACUCCUCAACUGAACUUUUUGUUUAUUUGUGGUCUUUUAUCGUUGGCUAUCCGUACAUUUGUCCAGAUGUGUGAAAAACAUUCCAUUCUUGUUCUUUGGGCAUUUCUUCAGCAGUCAUUCUGGGCUUUUUUAAUUAUACAUUUUAAGAAAUUCUCUUUUUGUGGCAGUUUUACGUUCUUCAUGGAUUUUUUUUUUUUUUUUUUUUUGCCACUGGAAGGCACACAGCACACGUUCUCGGAUUGAAGUAUUUUUAUGGCUGCUAGUAAACAAAAUUGUUGCAAAUGGCUUAAAGUCUGUCAAGUGAACUGAAUUGGAAAUGAAUAAACACAAAGUUCUGUUCUGA